AUGGACGACCUCAAGCAACUCAUCACCCCCUCCCUGCUCACCCUCCUCGUCGAGGCGCGCAUCCCCUUCCCGCAGACGGGUUCCCUCGACUUUGGGCAAGUCGCGCGGGAGACAUUCCUCGAAAGAAACUUCGCCCCGAAAGUGGAGUCCAAGGCAUGGCCCGCCCUUAUUGCCCUCAGCAAAGCCGGCCUGGACGCGCUCAAGCCCGAAGUCCUCAUGGAAAACUUCCUGCCGCCCCCGACAAGCGCGGACUUCCCCCGCCAGUGCCUCGGCCUGCAGCUCCUCCUGGACCAGGCGCCGCGCGCCUUCUGCGCCGGCGUCGACGGGAGGUGGAGGAGCUGCUACUUCGACGUGGUGAGCCAGCGGUUCGCGAGGUCGUGGCUGGCACUGCCCGACGACCAGAGGCCGGACUCGCUGCGCCGCUGGCGCGACGAGCUGGGCGCGUCGUUUGACUACUGGACGUGCGUUCGGUUCUGGCUGGGCGCCCCGUUCGUCCAUUCCGAGUCCGCGGAGAACCAAGAGAUCGCCGUGGGCUUCACGGACACGACCCGCAGGGCCGGCGAGGGUGUGACGUUGGAGACGUGGUCUUGGUGGUGGAUGAUGCUCGUGGACAUCCAUAAGCCAAUCAUUGAUCGGUUUGGAAGGUAUCCGUACACGAAUGCGGUCAGGGGCCGCGAGAGUACGAAGGAGGAGCUCGACUGGGCCGAGAAGACGGAGCACUUUGCUGAAGUCGGGCCAGAAGUCGUGAAGCAGCUCGAGGAAGAUUACAAGGCCGGGAUAUGGCAGCCGCUGGGUGCCGGCAGGUAG